AUAAGUCAUUGGUCAGCGAUGCGGCCCCCAGCACGCAUAUCAACCAGAAGCCUCUUGAGUUCGUCACAGUAUCACCCGCCAAGGAGAGAGGUGGCAAAAGCAUAUCCAAGGUUGUUCGCACACAGGUCAUGAAAGACUACUUCUGGAAACGACGGAAUCAUGAAAUACCUGACCAGACACCAAUCGAUCAACCCACGAACCCAUCACUGUACAAGGGGCGUUUCCGCCUCAACGCUCAGCCGAACAAGUCGAAGCCCAAACCCGUAUCCAAAAAGACAACCGGUCGCUACACGACUUCGAAUGACGCCGCCGACAGAGCGCGAAAGGGGCGCAUCGUGAUGCCCAGGGGCCCAAUUACUGACCCGAGUAUUUACGAUCCAGAUGGUUUUUUUGCGAGCACCCCUGUGGGUUUGCUAGGAGGGAGCCUCGAUCCUUUCGAUUCGUUUGCUCUCAAGCUCAAGCCGGAGAGCUUGAAGUUGAUAUACUACUACAAGCAAAGCUACUCCAAAGACUUUCUCGAUCUCAACGUGGGCGGCGGCUACUGCCUCUUUGAUGCCCGAGAGCACCGUGCCCUCUUUCACUCGAUCUUAUAUCUCGUCGCCCUCGACUUCAACCUGCGACGCGGCUUCACAGAUGAUAUUGGAUGUCUCUAUCACUCUUCAGAAGCAUUUCGUUUGAUCAACGAAAAGAUUCGAAACGACAUCAUCGAAGACGCUACAAUUGCGGCUGUUGCUCUGGUUGCUGCGAAAGAGUUCCCAUACCUGACCCCUUCAACGACUCUCGAAGACCCUUCGUUUCCACCCGACCGCCUCGAGCCGGUAGAGACUCUUUCCUUGCACAGACUUUUGACUGUUGAGCAGGAUCUCAGCGCCGUCGUGCAAUCUCUCUGCAAUAUCUCCGCCGCAAAAGACGCGAAUGCCCACAAGAAGGAAGCAAAUCGCGUGUAUGACGUCGAAUACAGGCUUCAUCUGCUACACUUCCGAGUUUCCAACGAUGAGGUUGCCUCCAAGGACAUGCUUCCUCUUUGUGUGGCACUCAACGUCUACCUCUACCUGGCGAUACGAGAGCUCCCUGCCAAGGCCCAACUUAUACGGCUGCUGAUCGAUCGGCUACAAACUUGGCUAAAGGCCGACUCAACAGAGCGAUUCAUAUCUUCAGAUGAACAGAAACAGAACUGGAAGCUGUGGACGCUCUUCAUUGGAUACGGAGCAGCAUUGGAAAAUGGAAGACAAGAAUGGUUCACGCAAGCUCUCAAGGCGGCUUACAUCGAGGCUAAGUAUCGAGAUAUGGAACAGCUUCGUGGCAUCCUGAAGAAACUCUUAUGGCAAGACUCAUGGUGCGAACAUUACUUCAACAAGCUGAGAGAGGAACUUGCAAGAUGA